AUGGGGCGCGGGGCUCCCCUCGGACCGUGCCUGCUGUGGGCAGUGCUGCUGCUCGCCCUCUGCCCCGCCGCCGGCAGCACCUGGAUGUGGCUGGGCAUCGCCGCCGCCGGCGGGCCCGAGAAGCCGGGCUGCGCCAGCCCUCCGCUGAGCCGCCGGCAGCAGGACCUGUGCGAGCAGAAGCCGGAGCUGAUGCCCGCGAUCCGGGAGGGAGCGCGCCUGGGCCUCCAGGAGUGCCGCAGCCAGUUCCGACACGAGCGCUGGGACUGCCGCUCGCCGCCCGCCGCCCGCCGCGGCACCGCCGCCCUCGGGCAGCAGCUCAGCAGCGGCACGAAGGAGACGGCGUUCGUCUCGGCGGUGACAGCGGCGGGGCUGGUGCACUCGGUGACACGCUCCUGCAGCGCGGGGAACAUGACCGAGUGCUCCUGCGAUGUCACCCUGCGGCACGGCGGCUCGGCCAGCGAGGGCUGGCACUGGGGCGGCUGCUCGGACGACAUCCACUACGGGAUGUCCUUCAGCAGAAAGUUCCUGGACGCGCCUCUCAAGAACGUGACGGGCAGGAGCGGGAGCGGGCUGGUGGCGAUGAACCUGCACAACAACGAGGCUGGCAGGCAGGCUGUAGCAAAGCUGAUGUCUGUGGAUUGCCGUUGUCAUGGUGUGUCUGGCUCCUGUGCGGUGAAAACUUGUUGGAAAACCAUGUCAUCCUUUGAAAAGAUUGGCCGGUUUUUAAAGGAGAAGUACGAAAACAGCAUACAAAUAUCAGACAGACUGAAAAAAAAGCUCCGCAGGAAAGAGAAAAGCCAGAGAAAAAUACCAAUUGGGAAAGAGGACCUGCUGUACGUGAACAAAUCACCCAAUUACUGCGUGGAAGACCAAAAACUGGGGAUCCCUGGGACUCAGGGCAGAGAAUGUAACCGCACCUCGCAGGGGCCCGAGGGCUGUAACCUGCUGUGCUGCGGGCGCGGGUACAACACCCACGUCGUGCGGCACGUGGAAAGGUGCGAGUGCAAGUUCGUCUGGUGCUGCUACGUGCGCUGCAGGAGGUGCGAGACCAUGACCGACGUGCACACCUGCAAGUAAAGUGAAGUAGGGGAAGCACGGCCAAAGCAGCCAGCCCCUGUGGUGCACACAGCUGCCCUGCCACAGGGGCAGCAAUCACUGUCACCCUGUGGGAUUUCCGAGGGAUCAGCCGCGGGGGGAACAGGUACUGCCCGGCAAUGGGUAGUCCAAGCAUGCCUCGACUGAAAGGACAGCUGAGUAAACAUCAGGCUGCAUGCAGGGACCGCUUCAACAGCAAAAAGGACUCCUGAUGACACAUUUGAACGUGUGAGCAGAGACAGAUGCUAAACUUUUCAAGUAUUUAAUAGACACAAUGUCCUGAAGAUCCGUGUGAUGGGUAGGCACAGUGGAGAAAUCUCAAGAUCUCAUUAGCCAGAGACUGAAGAGUUAAGAGACUCUGUAAAACACAGUAGACAUAGUCCUUAUGUCUGUGCUUUUAAAACUGGGACUAGAUGGAUCCACUAGAUAGUUCAUUUCUGCAGAAGAACCCACAAAGAUAGGGAAAAAGUUCAGCUGUUGACCACAAAGCAUUUGCUUUGCAGCCGUUCAGAAAACUGCCUUCUGCAAAAUGUGCGGAAAAGGGAAGUGAGGGGUGUGUGGGAGUGCAGAGAGCUCAGCAGUGUCUGCCUGGAAAAGGAGGGUCAAGCUGUGCCCAGGGGAGAGAGGCAGGCGUACAGACUGUUCAGUGUGAAUGGGGUACCAAACAGCAACCUCAGGGUUUUUAACAGGUUGUCCUUCAAACACAGAAGGGACAGGUCUGAAAAGGGACAAAACCACAGUUUGAUAUCUGAAGGAAAUAAAACCCUCUGCAGGCAUUUCCUGAGUAUCUGAGCACACAUUUUGGGAAUCAGCAGGUUGUCACCCCACUAUUGAAUUCUAUGCAAUAACCUGCCACAUUCAACCAUCUCACUGGUGGUUCACCGUCAUUAUCAAAAUUAACCACGUGAGAUUUAGCCCAAAGGAAUCUGCCAUAUAGCAAAGGAUUUUUAAAAACAGAUUUUCUUUAUAGAAUCAGCAGCUAGAAUUCUUCAUUAGGUUGCAUCCUCAGUAAGUUCAGUGCACAAUAUAAUUUAUGGAUUGGCUCACACCACUAAAAUAUUUAAACUGUUAAUGAUAACACUUUCUCCAUAUGUUGGCCUAAUUUUAUUUUACAUCUGUGAAAGGUUGUUUAUUUUUAUGCAGUGAUUUAAUGCCUGGCUUAAAAAGCAUCAUGUGAAAGGAUUACUGUUGUUUAAUUGCGCAAAGAACUAUUUUUGAUAAGAAAGUUUAUAUUCUGUAAAUAUUUAAAUUAUGCAAGUUAUGUAAAAGGUUUCCACAACUAAUGUGAUAAGACUACGGCCUUUGAGAUUUGUUGGUUAGAUAUUUGUUGAUAAUUGUAGUAGCCUUCAAUUGAAUUUUGUUUGCAUGUGCUGGGGGAAAUUAGUCAGAGAACUGCAUAAAUGUUAGGGUUUUUAAUCAUCAGGGUGGUUUUAACUAUUGCAGUUCAUACACACUCAAGAUUUUCUAAAUGGUCAGUUAAUUAGUAUUCUGCAUACUUUCUUUUUUAUUAUUCUCUUAAAUGCAUUUUACAAACACUGAAAUCCCAGCUCCAGCAGUAAGUACUCCCACUGAAAUCCAGGGAAUUUGGAAGGGUUUGCAAUCCCUUAACUUCUUCCAUACUAACAGCCAGCUUUUAGAAACUUGGGACAGUUUGGCCAAGGCUUUCAAAGUUACUUUGAAGAAUUAAUUUCCCAGUCAUCAGUCAUUUUCCCAGGAAAGAUGGUGACCAGAUUCUGAACUGUCCCUCGUUAUUGGAUGUGUAAAUCAGGAAGAAGGAAACAAAAUCUUCUGUGUUGUGGUAUUUCACUGCCUUAUGUGGAUUAUUUUAGGAACGUCUGUUCAUCAACAAUGAAGUCCAUUAUCUGCUAUUUGGACCUUUACUCCACAUUUGGCCAGUCCAUCUCCAUUGGCCUGACCAAAUUAUUAUCUUGGGACCACCAAAAAAUCUGCUGUCUGUGGGGAAGGGUGCUCAGCAUACCAGUAAGGCACUGUCACAGGAGGUUUCAACACCUUCUCUGUGAAAACUUGGAUAGGGAGGACAUGUCACAGUGGAAGACCCUGAAGAGAGAGCUGUGAGCCCAGGUUGUUUCAGCAGUGAAACAAGGCUCCUGAGGCUCCACAGGCUCCUCAGGCUGUGCCACAGGACCGAUUGGCAGCAUGGAUGGGAGAUGACUGAACAGCAGAAAGUCCUGACAGAACAGUACCAUACUCUCUGCUGAGACCAUACUUGGGAUAAUACAAUUUUUGACACCUAAAAUAACCCUGAAAUAUUAUUUAAACUCAGUAGUUUGUUGUUUUGGAUUUUGUUUUGUUUGGGGUUUUUUUCCUGUUCAUUGAUCACAAGAUCAGCAGGAGAAAGAGAAUUAAGCAGCUGCUUUGGCUGCCUGCAGGCAUCAGAAACUUUCCAGAGGAUGGAGUGAUUUCCAUGCAUUUUAUACUGCAAACAAUGUAGAAGGACUAUUACAGUGCUCUGUGCUGAUCCCUACCUCUCUCCCUAUAUAUUCUAAUACCCUGAAACAGAGUUUUCAUAUCUGCAUACUUCAAAUGAUAAUAAACAGAUGAUGUUCAUUUUAUUA